AUGGGUUCUGAAACAGCUCAAAAAUCUUAUCCUCAUCUUCACUUUGUUCUCUUCCCUUUCAUGGCUCAAGGCCACAUGAUUCCCAUGGUCGAUAUUGCAAGGCUCUUGGCUCAGCGAGGUGUGACUAUAACCAUUGUCACCACACCUCACAACGCAGAGAGGUUCAAGAACGUUCUAAGCCGUGCCAUUGAGUCUGGCUUGCCCAUCAAAGUAGUGCAUGUGAAGUUUCCAUCUCAAGAAGCUGGCAUGCCAGAGGGAAAAGAGAAUAUAGAUUUGCUUGAGUCCAUGGAGCUGAUGAUACCUUUCUUUAAAGCGGUUAACAUGCUUGAAGAACCGGUUCAGAAGCUCAUGGAAGAGAUGAGCCCUAAACCAAGCUGCAUAAUCUCUGACAUGUGUUUGUUUUACACAAGCAAACUCGCCAAGGCGUUCAAUAUACCAAAGAUCCUCUUCCAUGGCAUGUGCUGCUUUUGUCUUCUCUGUAUGCAUAUUUUACGCGAAAAUCUUGAGUUCUUGGAGAAUUUGAAGUCAGACAAAGAGUACUUCACAGUUCCUAACUUUCCUGAUAGAGUUGAGUUCACAAGACCUCAAGUUCCUGUUGAAACAUAUGUUCCUGGAGAUUGGAAGGAGUUCUUGGAUGAAAUGAACGAAGCUGAUAAGAAAUCCUAUGGAGUGGUGGUCAACACAUUUCAAGAACUUGAGCCUGCUUAUGUCAAAGACUACAAGGAGGUAAGGUCAGGUAAAGCAUGGUCCAUUGGGCCUGUUUCCUUGUGUAACAAGGUGGGAGAAGAUAAAGCUGAGAGGGGAAACAAAUCAGAUAUUGAUAAAGAUGAGUGUCUUAAAUGGCUUGAUUCUAAAGAAGAAGGGUCAGUUCUCUACGUUUGUCUUGGAAGUAUCUGCAAUCUUCCUCUGUCUCAGCUCAAGGAGCUUGGCCUUGGCUUAGAAGAAUCUCAAAGACCUUUCAUUUGGGUUAUAAGAGGUUGGGAGAAAAACAAAGAGUUGGUUGAGUGGAUUUCAGAGAGUGGGUUUGAAGAAAGGAUCAAAGACAGAGGACUUCUCAUCAAAGGAUGGUCUCCUCAGAUGAUUAUACUCACACAUUCUUCUGUUGGAGGAUUCUUGACACAUUGUGGAUGGAACUCAACUCUGGAAGGGAUAACCUCUGGUCUACCACUACUUACAUGGCCUCUAUUUGCAGACCAAUUCUGUAAUGAGAAACUAGUUGUGCAGGUGCUAAAGGCGGGUGUGAGAGUAGGGGUUGAGCAGCCUAUGAAAUGGGGAGAAGAGGAGAAGAUAGGAGUGUUGGUGGAUAAAGAAGGUGUGAAGAAGGCAGUGGAAGAGUUAAUGGGUGAGAGUGAUGGAGCUAAAGAGAGGAGAAGAAGAGCCAAAGAGCUUGGAGAGUUAGCUCAUAAGGCUGUGGAAGAAGGAGGCUCUUCUCAUUCUAAUAUCACUUCCCUUUUGGAAGACAUAAUGCAACAAAGUACAAUCCAAUAAUUGAUUUAUGUCAUAGUUAAAAGAUAUAGAAACAUUUAUACAUUAUUCUUCAUUUGGUGGAUAGGAAGAAAAAGUCAGUGAUAAUAAUAACAUUCACUUUC